AUGUCAAACGCACAAGAAAGGAAGCAAGCUCUGGUUGAGCACAAAUCACUCCUUAACAAUAACGUAAUCAAUGACCUGACAUUGUCGAAACGCAGCCAUCUGAACCACUGA